UAUGUUUGUUACUUCUUCACAUCUAAACGGCUGGAGCGAUUCUAAUAAAAUUGGGUAUGGAGUUAGCUGACACUCUGGAUUAACACAUAGGUUUCGUUUUACUGCGGGAAAAUAUCCCUCCCUAAUAAACCGCGUGUAAUACUACGGAGCACAGCUAGUAAAUAAUAUCCAUCCAUAUCCAUAUCAAUGUCCUAUAAAAUCCAUAUGUUACAUAAAUAUUCUUGGAAUAAAGAAAUCAUUAUCUCCCUGACGCUGCCUAAGUGAUUCAUGAGAAAUCGUGCAAUUAUUUCCGAAUAAUUGAGUAAAGUACUGAUCAGAUGAAACGUGAUGAAAUGACGAUUAUAUUUAUUUUACAUUAUGUGAAAGAUAACAAACGUGCACUUAACUAAUAGGCACUAAUUUUCACUUCCUAUUUCAGUAUAAAUAGAUCGAAAUUUUCAAAGCGAUCACACAUCACCUUCGAUCUUCAUAACAUCACAUCACAAUGAAAACUGCAUCAGUUCUUUUUGCGAUAAUAGCGUCCAGUUUGGCGUUACCACUAAAAGAUUCAAAAGACUUGAAGAGAGAUAAGAAGUCGCCAUCGUUAGGUGCUCCUUGCUCGGGGGGUGGGUACUUAGCCCCAGCCCCUCUCCACGUUCUGCCACAGUACCGUGAACUUGAUCACGAGAACGAAGAACACCAACGAUCAUACUACGAGCCAGCCGCUGGUGCAGUCAUCCCGGCUCCACAUCCAGUCGCAAGUUAUGGAGCUACGGGACCAGCUAUCGGAGUAUUCCCGCACGCAAGAGUCAGCGGCUGUAAUGUUCCGCUACUGUUGAGCUGCGCCCCGAACGUCGUCACUGGCGUUUUGAGUGAACAUCACGGAUACGCCGCUCCAGCCUAUAGGAACGCCGACGAAGAUAUGAUGCGGGAGGCUGAUUGGGUGAAAGCAUCCCGGGCGGCCAACCAUCACAAGCUGUCGGAAGACUUCCCAGAAUCACAAACUGGCAAGCACAACACCGUCCUCAAAGAUUUAUCCGAGCCGAAUCUAACGAGGACCGUUCCGAAGCCUGAAAACGAACAAGUUGCCCACGCUGAACAUCAUUAGGCCGAUAAUGGGACAAGAUUUGGAAAUCAUCACAUGAUAUUACUUAUUUAUUUUUUUAAUUAUAUUGAUUUUUAUUAUGAUUUUUUC